GUAACGAAACAACGCGCUGUAGCGAGAAAAAAAAGGCGAAAAAGAAAGAAGAGAGAGAGAGGAAAGGAAACGAAAAGAAAAAGAAAAGUCUUUGCAUAAAAAAAUAAAAGUCAGUAGUCCCCCUCGGCUCAACCCAUAAGAAAAAAGGGGGCAAAAAGUUGAAGAAAACUCCUCGCGACGACGAGUUUUGAUUUUGGUUUUGAUUUUGAAUUUUUUUAUAAUUUUCUUGCGCCUCUUUCCAAUUUGGGAUUGGAUUAGAUUUGGGUUUUACCAAUUUUUACUUUUUCUUUGGAAUUUCUCCGUGUUCUAAUCCCGAUUGCGCUUUUCCAUUGGUGGGGUUGGUUCUGUUUUUAAUUUUCAGCAGUUUUGGUCAUUUGGGUCUGAUUUUGUGUUAUUGGGAAAACGAAAAAACUGCCCCGUAGGCCGUAGAGAUGUUCCGAUUCGAGCAGGAGAAGAUCCGAAAACGAAUUUGAUAUUUUCCCAAUUGGUUUCUUUGAUCAGUGGAAUUCGUUUCAGUGCUCUUAGGGGUCUGAUAUGGCUGAUGCUCUCUCUGUCAUCCCUGCAUUUGUGCUCCGCAACCUGUCUGAUAAACUCUAUGAGAAACGCAAGAACGCUGCUCUUGAGGUUGAGGGAAUUGUGAAGCAGCUUGCCUCGGCUGGAGAUCAUGAAAAGAUUACGGCGGUUAUCAAUCUACUGACGAACGAUUUCACUAUGUCGCCGCAAGCCAAUCAUAGGAAGGGAGGAUUGAUAGGGCUUGCUGCUGCAACUGUUGGCUUGACUUCUGAUGCGUCCCAACAUCUUGAGCAAAUUGUACCUCCUGUGCUCAAUUCUUUUUCUGACCAAGAUAGCAGAGUGCGUUAUUAUGCAUGUGAAGCUCUGUAUAACAUUGCAAAGGUUGUUAGAGGCGAUUUUAUAGUUUUCUUUAACCAGAUAUUUGAUGCCUUAUGUAAGCUUUCAGCUGAUUCAGAGAUAUUGUCACCGAAAGUGACCAGUUCAGCAUUGAAGAGUUUAUUCCAUUGCUGAGGGAGCGUAUGAAUGUCCUAAAUCCCUACGUCCGUCAGUUUUUGGUUGGAUGGAUCACUGUACUUGAUAGCGUGCCAGAUAUUGAUAUGCUGGGCUUUCUUCCAGAUUUUCUUGAUGGUUUGUUUAAUAUGUUGAGUGAUUCAAGUCACGAAAUUCGACAACAAGCUGAUUCUGCUCUGUCGGAGUUUCUCCAAGAGAUCAAGAAUUCUCCAUCUGUAGAUUAUGGCCGAAUGGCUGAGAUUCUGGUUCAGAGGGCUUCUUCCCCAGAUGAAUUUACUCGCUUAACGGCUAUUACAUGGAUUAACGAGUUUGUAAAACUAGGUGGAGAUCAACUAGUACCUUAUUAUGCUGAUAUUUUAGGAGCAAUUCUACCUUCCAUAUCUGAUAAAGAAGAGAAGAUUAGAGUGGUUGCUCGGGAAACUAACGAAGAGCUUCGCAAUAUCAAAGCAUUUCCAUCUGAAGGAUUUGAUGUUGGUGCUAUCCUUUCUAUUGCUAGGAGACAACUAUCUAGCGAACACGAGGCUACUAGAAUUGAAGCAUUGCAUUGGAUAUCAACACUUUUAAACAGACAUCGGACUGAGGUCUUGAUCUAUUUGGAUGAUGUACUUGACAGCCUUCUUCAAGCCUUAUCUGAUCCUGCUGAUGAGGUGGUCCUCCUUGUUCUCGAGGUUCAUGCUUGUAUAGCGAAAGAUCAGCAACAUUUUCGCCAACUUGUCGUUUUCCUAGUGAAUAAUUUUCGGAUUAAUAAUUCUCUUCUGGAGAAGCGUGGUGCAUUGAUAAUACGCCGAUUGUGUGUACUUUUAAAUGCUGAACGGGUCUACCGUGAGCUGUCUACAAUAUUGGAAGGAGAGUCAGAUCUGGAUUUUGCUUCUAUUAUGGUUCAGGCACUGAAUUUGAUCUUGCUGACUUCCUCUGAGUUAUCGGAUCUUCGAGAUCUUUUGAAGAGAUCGUUGGUGCAUGCAGCUGGGAAGGAUCUUUUUGUUUCUUUAUAUGCUUCGUGGUGUCAUUCCCCUAUGGCUAUUAUAAGUCUCUGCUUAUUAUCACAGUCAUACGAGCAUGCUAGUGUGGUGAUUCAGUCUUUGGUGGAGGAAGAUAUUAAUGUGAAAUUUUUAGUUCAGCUGGAUAAACUGAUUCGCCUUCUGGAGACUCCAGUCUUUGCUUAUCUAAGACUGCAGCUUCUAGAACCUGGAAGAUAUAUAUGGCUGCUAAAAGCAUUAUAUGGUCUUCUAAUGUUGCUUCCCCAGCAAAGUGCCGCCUUUAAGAUACUACGAACACGUCUCAAAACAGUGCCUCCGUACUCGUUCAGUGGCGAGCACUUCAAGCAAUUUUCAUCCGGGAACUCCUACUCCUUGAUGCAUCAGUUUUCUGGGUUGAAUAUAAAUGAAGAUGGUGAUAUAAGCCAGGAUGCUGGGAACUCCCGUAAUGGAAUUAACUUUGCUGCUAGGCUACAACAGUUCGAGCACAUGCAACACGAGCAUCGCUUACAUGCAAAAGAGCAGACACUGUCACGGACCUGUACUCCACCUCCGGUAACAACAACGGGGGUCGAAAUCCCGGAAGAAACGGGAGGCGGGGCACAAGCUGCAGCAGCAGCAGGAGCAGGAGACAUAGAUAGGCCUCCUUCAAGAUCAAGGAGAGCAGAGUCAGCGCAAUUGCAAUUACAGUUAUAAUUACAUGCCCCAUUAUAUACAGUGGUCUCAGUCCAUGGAUGAGAUUUUGUGUAGUUUGUAAAAUUGUAUAUCAUAGUAGAGUUUGGUUUAAAGACCUUUUUUUUUUCUUUUUAGUUGUGUGGUUGGGGGACUGUUGGUUUAUAAAAAAUUGAGAUGAGCUCAGUUUUUGGCUGAGCUAUUCUUUUCAUUUUGUAAAAGGGGAUAUUUCUUACCCAUGUGGUUGUGUUAUUUUUUUGUUGAAGCCAUAGUGGGUAAAAAGAGGGGAAGCUACUUAGAAGAAGAAGAAGGUUCAGUCUCUUUUUUUUUUGGGUCCUUUUUUUUUCUUUCAUUUUACUUGUUCGUCCUCGUCUUGUAACAAUCUUGUUGAAUAAGUUCAAGCUAAUUCAUGUACAGACACUUCUUCAAAAGUGCUUUAAAGCAGUUGUAGUUGUGAGAGAACUUUGGCUAUCCU